AUGUCAAAAUACCAAAUCGUCCCAGCGCGUCCAUCAAACAUCUCCUCUCUGACCACAAUCGUCGCCCGCUCCUUCCACUCAACAAACCCCUACAUCCGCGCCGCACUCCCCGACACCCCAUCCGUCCGAGAAUGGUGGCGAAACAUCUUCCAACACUUCCUCUCCGACAGCAGCAGCUGGCACGUCUUGACCGCCUCAGCCCCUUCCUCGGAAUCCAAUUUUCCCCGGAAUGCAGAGGAAGACGAAGAAGAAGCAAUCGGCGUCCUAGUCCUCCGCCACAUGCAACCCCACGAGCGCGGCUCAGGCGCUUGGUCGAUCUUCCCUCUAACUUCCGAUCAUGACGCGGAGAAGUUCAACGCCAUGGUGUCGACGAUGAGUCUGCAGCGCGAGAGAAUUAUGCGAGUUGACGAGGAGGAAGCGGCGAGGAAGCAUUACACGAUCGAGCUGUUCGGGGUGGACAACAGCUGGAAAGGUAAAGGCGUGGGCGCGGCGUUGUUGAGGCGGGCUUGUGAGGUCGUUGAUGAAAGGGGGUUGGAGACGUUCGUGCAGGCUAAUGCCAGCGCGAGGGCGUUUUACGAACGAGAAGGCUUCCAGGUGCGGGGUAGCGAGGUGAUGCCUGGGGAGGACAAGUAUGAGGAGUUCAUGCUGCUCAGACCCGCGAAAACCAGUUGA